GAAGAGUUUGUACGUCACCUAACAGACUCUUCACACAAAGAGAGUGAGAGGAAAUAGUAAACCAUUCAGAACCAAACUCAUCCUCUUGGUAAUCCCACUACUUAAUAACCGACAAGCAGAAGCCAACUACGCCGAAGAAAAACAAGAAGCUUAUGAAAGCAUAGUGUAUAAAUAGAAGGUUUGGCCUAAAACGCCUAAAAUACAAGCAGAAGAUGAUGGAGAGAGUCAAGAAGAUUCUUACCUUGUUUGCAGCAACCCUGCUAUUGCUGCCCAUCAUGGAGGCGCAGCAUUAUCCUCCUCCCCGCUCAUUUUGUGCAUCCCAAUUCGCACUUGCUAGCUACGCGUGUUCACUGCUGCCGUAUACUCCAAUGCCAACUCCACAACCUCCUGCCCCUUCACCUCCUGAUGACGACGACGACGACAACGAUGAUGACGACGACGAUGAUGGUGGUGGUGGUGGUGGUGAUGACGGUCGUGAUGGUGGUGGUGAUGGCGGUCGUGAUGGUGGUGGUGAUCGACCAGAGCAUGGUAGCGGCCACGGUCACGGCCACCACCACGGACAUGGGCACAAUCGCAAACAACAACGUCGCCAUAGACACAGGCAUGGGCACCACCAUAGGUCAGAAACACCACCGUCACCCCAAGAAGAAAAUUGCUGCAAAUGGUUGAGCCAGCUUGAUAACCAGUGUGUCUGUGAGUUGCUUCUGCGCUUGCCCACCUUCCUCCUUAAGCCUGCACACACUUACUCUCUAUUUGUUGGAUCGUCCUGCAACGUUAAAUACACUUGCGCACACCCAUGAAGCUGCCUGCCGAUUCUCAUCACUUCAUGGAGAAUUUCCUUUACUUAUAGUGUUCUUAUUAUGUUUGAUGUUAUGGGGUUUGAAUGGUCGAAAUGUGAUAGUGAAUGUUUUUAUAGUCUGGUGUUGUUUAGUUGCCUAAAAGUUUAAUAAUUUUGAGCAUAUGUUUAGUUAAAUUGAUGUUGUUGUUGCAUUGUGAAGAGGAGCAGUAUUCAGAAACUCAUUUACCUAUCAAUUAAUAUAAUUUCUCAAUAAUGAGAAAUAUGGAUUCUAUUUAUUU